UCAUCGAGGGUAAAAAAGAUGUUGCUAAUUAUUUCUCAGUUGGUAUUGUUGGCCCGUUGGGCCCUUUCAAACCGGACUAACUGAACUGAACAGGUCCCUAUUCGUGAACCAGUGCUUCUUCCCAAACCUUGUUGGCGUUUUUUCAGUUCAGUUGCCGCCCAAAACUUCACUCGCUCGAAAAUAUAACACCUACGGCCACACACACUCUCCCUAUCUAUUCACUUCAGAGUCAUCUCAAUGGAGGAAGAAAAGCAUUUUUCAUGUGAUAAUACAGCAGAAAUGGGUGAUGGCUAUUCAAUAUUUAUUGAGCUUUCUGACGAUGACCCUUUCUUUGACAAAAAGAAGAGAUUACUCAGUGAUAGGGGAUUUGGUGUCAAAGAAAUUGUAUGUAUUAAGAGCUCUUUGGGUCCUGAUUCAUUAAGUGCUACUUUGAAUCAGCUGCUGCAGAUAGCCAGAAUUAUACGUUUAGAUGAGGUAGAACUUUAUUUUGGUCAAGCUGAUGGAGAGGAAUUCUACAGCUCCAGGAAUGAGAUGGAGGCUCUAAAUUUGAUCCUUUCACUUAUCAAAACCUCAUUCUCCAGUCAAGUACACAUGCAAAUGCGUGCCCUGCAAGAUCUACGAAAUGCAAUUCUUAAUAGGAUUCAUGCAUUAGGAGCCAAGGAUAAAGUGGAGAGUAAAAUGGAUAUAAACUACAAGUGUGAUAAAGAGAAGCGUUUAGUACAGUGGGCUGAAAACAAUGGUGGAAAAACAAGAUUGCAGAUAGCUUAUAUUGAAGGAGCUGGUAGAGGAGCCAUUGCAAUGGAAGAUCUGGAAGUUGGAGACAUUGCAUUGGAGAUUCCUGCAUCUAUUAUAAUCUCCGAGGAUCUUGUACAUAAAACUGACAUGUAUCAAAUAUUAGCAAAGAUUGAUGGGAUGUCAUCUGAGACUAUGUCAUUGUUGUGGAGCAUGAAGGAGAAGUACAACUGUAAUUCACAAUUCAAGAUUUACUUUGAUACGCUACCAGAAAAUUUUAACACAGGAUUGAGCUUUGGAGUUGAAGCAAUCAUGGCUUUGGAUGGAACUUUGCUAUUUGAAGAGAUAAUGCAAGCAAAAGAGCAUUUGCAUCUUCGAUAUGAUGAGUUAUUUCCUGCAUUAUCCAAUGAACAUCCUGAUAUAUUUCCACCAGAGCUCUACACGUGGGAGCAGUUUUUAUGGGCUUGCGAACUGUGGUAUUCUAACAGCAUGAAAAUUUUGUUUGCUGAUGGAAAGCUGAGGACUUGCUUGAUUCCUGUUGGAGGCUUUCUCAAUCAUUCUUUGAUAUUCAGGUAUUGUUCUUUUCAGUUACAUCCACACAUAGUUCACUAUGGCAAAGUAGAUUCUGCAACAAAUUCCUUGAAAUUUCCUCUAUCAAGACCUUGCACUGUUGGAGAACAAUGCUGUCUUAGUUAUGGAAAUUUCUCUGGUUCACAUCUUAUUACCUUUUAUGGUUUCUUACCACAAGGAGACAACCCUUACGAUGUGAUUCCAUUGGAUUUUGAUGUUGACCAAGUUGACUCCAUUGAGGAUUGCCCCCUGUACAACUGGAGCUCCCACAUGGUCCGGGGAACUUGGCUGUCAAACAAUCAAAAUAUCUUCUAUUAUGGCUUACCAUUGCCAUUAUUAGACUAUCUACGUAGAGCUCGGAGCCCUAUGCCAUUCUCUAAGAGUUCUAUACAAUCAGACUUAGAAGUUGAUAAAGAAGUUCUUGAAGAUCUACAAUCCACAUUCAAUGACUUGAUGGAAAAUUUAGGUGACACAGAUUUGGUUGAUAGGGAAAAUGCUAGUUGGGAUGUGAAGCUGGCAUUGGAAUUCAAAGAGAUGCAAAGGAGGAUUGUCUCCUCGAUUUUAACUUCAUGUUCUACAGGUGUUAAAAUGGUGGAAUAUGAACUCUCUAAAUGCAAGCCAGGCUGAGGAGUGAGGAUAAGAUAUGGCCAGAUGAGCUGGCUGGGUACUGCUACAAAGCCCAAAGCUGAUCUCUACAAUGUAUUCAUCAAACAGGCCGUUAUGAUACUGAUUGCUGUGUUUGUGGCGCAUAGUCAUCGGUGUGACAUUUUUCUUAUUAAAAAAAUCUUGUUAACAGCAACACCCACAAGGUCAAUAACCUGUCAUCAUCUGGCAUUGUCAUCAAAAUUUGAAAGUAUAAGCAGCAUGAAACCAUGGACUUUGACAUGAUUAGUGGGUAGUAUAAUUUAUUUUCAACGUUUGAUGGAUAUGAUGAGAUACUUAUGAAGAAUUUAUUUAUUCAAUCUGAUUGUCGGGACGGAAAAAGAGAAUAAAGGAAUAGAAUAAUAGCCUUGUGAAAGGCAUGGUAGACGUUGCUUAUGAUUGUUUAGUCAAUUACUGUUUAACCACUUUCUAAAGUGUGGUUGAGAGAAAGGUUUUUAUAGUGGGUUAAGAUUUGCUGCCAAAGUUUGAUUUGUGCCGUGUUUGAUGGCUUUAUUCUACUCAAAUUUUCCGAGUAAAAUGGGCCGUACAUUAUUGCUUCAAACUAACUUCUGUAUUUUUUUCCUUUAAUUUUCUUCAGCAAUGGAUAUCAAAUCGUCGAAACACUAAUGUCUAUGUCUAUGUCUAUGUCUACGGGCUGUGGGCAUUCACGUUCUUUAACUAGACCUUUUCUCAUACGGUUUUAUCUGUAGUAAAUUAGUCAAUUUAUUUUGGGAAUUUGAUGGCAAUCAAGAUUGAAGUGCAUCACAACAAUAUCAGUAUCUGAUACAAUUCUAAUGUGGAGAAUCAGAAAGUGCUAGGAGCAGGAGUUACUUGUGAAUGCUGAGGAAUUACGAUAUUGCAC